GACUUUCAGGAAGGCACGAGAGACCUGAGAACCAUCAGCAUCUCAGGUCGGGACGAUGAGAACUCAAAUUCACCCGACCGUGGAAUCUCCAGAUUUAUCGGCGAAGGAAACUUUCUCUUCUGAGCGGACCUCAAUCUGAUUGUCAGAUGAUUGAUGUGCUGGAAGGAUGGACUAGGACUUUAUAUACGAGUCGCCGCGCGCGCAGGAGCAAUUGAAAGAUCCGAAAGAUACGUCUCACCAUUAUGACUGAACCGAAGUUCAGAGUCGGAAUCAUCGGUGCUGGGAUUGGAGGGUUGCUGCUCGCCCUUUCCUUGGCGAACUCUUGCGACAAUAUUGCGGUAGACGUCUACGAGUCUACCGCAGUGCUCAACGAGAUCGGCGCUGGAAUCGGCAUAUCGCAAAGAGUCUGGGAGAUUUUGAGACAUAUCGGUUUGGAAGAUGAAUUUCUUUCCAUAUCAUACGCGAAGAACCACGCCGAUACAGCUCCCCUAACGCUGACCUUCAGAAGGUCUGACCAACCAGAGGGGUUCUUUUUCCUCGAGACCAGCAUCCAAUUUGCGACCUAUCACAGGGCACAUUUCCAAGCCUUGCUCUGCAAGCACCUCCCGAAGUCGUGUCAAAUUAAAUUUUCCAAGCGCCUGGAGAAUUAUAUAGAGAGCGACUCCGGAGAGAUAUGCCUGCAAUUCGUGGACGGAUCGACGGCCACAUGCGACGUCCUUGCCGGCUGCGAUGGCAUCAAGUCCACAGUUCGUAGGGUUCUGUAUCAGUCGCUUGCUGAUAAGGCCAUUCAAGAUGGUAACAACGCGAAAGCCGCCGAUCUACUAGCCCAAGCGAAGCCGGUCUGGUCUGGAAGGGUCGUUUAUCGAAGUCUAUUGUCCCGGGACGUACUUGAACAUGCGUGUCCUGGACACCCACAUUUGACGAGGCCAUAUUUGCGGACGGGAAGAGACAAACAUCUGAUCACGUUUCCGAUCUCUCAUGGUCAAAAGCUUAACGUCAGCAUAUACGUUUUUGAUGCAGAGAAGGAAAAUACCCAAUAUGAUAGCGCUGCCUGGAUGCGCAAAUGCUCCAAGGACGAAUUCAUCGCGUCUUUCUCCAACUUCGAGCCUCAAGUGACGGGAUUGUUAAAUUGUCUUGACGACGUCUCGGCGUGGGCGAUCCAUACAUUGCCAUUGUUGCCCACUUAUGUAGGCGACCGAAUUGUACUUCUUGGUGAUGCGGCACACGCAAUGGCCCCCUUCCAAGGUGCAGGAGCUGGACUAGCAAUGGAGGAUGGCUUCAUUCUUGCCUCAAUUCUUGCCCACACUCACGUAACGCGCGACACUCUUCCCAGGGCCUUGCAGAUCUACGAUAGCAUACGCCGUCCAAUUACACAGUGGGUCGUCCAGCAUUCGCGAGCGACGGGUGAUUUCUACGACCUCAGAGCUGCGGGUUUCGACACGCUCUCUGACACGAAAGGCGCGCUUUCUGAAGGCCAGCUGGCGAAGAUAUCCAAGAGCCUGGAUGGCAUGUUCGAAUGGCAUCUGAAUACCAGUGUGAUGCCCGACCGAGACAGGGCCCUUGAGUUGCUGGAUGCUAUGGAAUAGACCAUGUAUCAUCUCACCGCGC